AUGUAUGAUCGUCUGCGACUCAUUCGUUUUCCUAUGCCGAUCGUUGAUGCUGUUCGACAGGCUAUUCUAACUGGUUGGCCACGUGGUAUACAACUUGAGCAACAACGUUUAGGUGCUCAUGAAUUCAAACUGUACGGAAGACCUUGGUUGGGACAAAGUGUUGAGGCUAUACCUGCGCGUAUUCUUAUAAUGACUGUUCUCUCUGCAUUAUAUCAUCAUGGAUGGUAUCUUCUAACAGCAGCUGAUGUUUCAAAGAAGGAGCAAGACAAGGACUCCCUUUUCUUUCGACUUGGUUCUCCACCCUCACCAACACCAUUCUUUGCUGUUUCAUUCAACGAAUCAGACAAGUUGCGUUUAAUUGGUGCUCCAGAAAAUCUCAUAGAGCCAGUGCAACAAACUAUCGGUCGAGCAAAUAUUCAACGAGAAGAAUGGCGUGACAAUGGAGCAGCCUAUCAAUUGAAACUGCGUGGCAAUCCAUGGUGGGGCAGUGGGGAUGAAGCUAUCACCGCUCGCGUGACAUUGUUAGCUCUGCUCGACUGCUUUAAUUCGUUUGGUUGGGAACUCUAUGCAAGUAUUGACAUCAGCGGUGAAUCAGGCAGCGAUACGGACAGCUGGUUCUUUCGGCAGAAGACUCAGUAA